UCUUUUCCCUUGAACUUUUCGAUGCUAGCGCACGACCUCUGUGCUAGGAUCCAAAAUGCUUUCAGAAGCAGACACCAAAACAUAGCGGUCCACCAUAGCACCCAGAAUCUGGGCAUUCUUUCCAUCCUCCUCCGCUCAGGCUUCGUCUCCAACGUUUCCCGCGGUACAAUCACUGCGGCGGACCCAAGUCUCUUCAACGCCGAAGCAAACGAUGCCAACAAGCGGAUUUGGGCCGUACUGAAGUACCGCAAUGACCUGCCUGUUCUCCACCAUAUGUCUGCUAUCAGCAAACCCUCGAAACGCGUCUUUAUGGACCUUACCGAAAUCCGCCGCCUCUGUACUGGGCGGAGGGCACAGGAUAUUCCCCCGCUUGGGCUGGGAGAAAUCAUUGUCAUAAAAACGGAGAGCAAGGAGCACGAGUGGUUGGAAGCAAGGGAAGCCGUCCAAAUGAAACUAGCGGGAGAGGUCAUUUGUCGAGCUCAAUAA